AUGAACCGCCAACCGAUGAUGGCGCCUGCCAACAUCUUCACCCUCGCACCGUACCGCGCACGCAAAGAUGCACAGAAGAAAACCGUCCUCCAGAAGUACUCCAUCGUUGGCUAUAUUGCUGCCGGGACCUAUGGCCGUGUCUACAAGGCCAAAUCUAAAGACAAACUCAACGCGGGUAUCUUUGCGAUCAAAAAGUUCAAGAACGAAAAAGAAGGUGGCGGUGAAAUCACCCACUACACCGGCAUCUCCCAGUCUGCGUGCCGCGAGAUGUCGCUUUGCCGUGAGCUUCUGCACAAAAACAUAACCAACCUCACGGAAAUCCUUUUGGAGCAAAAGUCCAUCUAUAUGGUGUUUGAGUUCGCAGAACACGACUUGCUCCAGAUCAUCCACUAUCACUCGCACCCAGAGCUCAAGCCAAUUCCUGAGCCCACUAUCAAGUCCAUUAUGUGGCAGAUCCUCAACGGCGUGCUGUACCUCCACCAGAACUGGGUCUUCCACCGCGAUUUGAAACCGGCAAACAUCAUGGUUACCGCAGACGGGGUGGUAAAGAUCGGUGAUUUAGGGCUCGCGCGGCGCUUCAACAAUCCCGUUCAAUCACUCUACACUGGCGAUAAGGUUGUCGUGACUAUCUGGUACCGUGCCCCUGAGCUUUUGCUUGGUGGAAGACACUACACCCCCGCGAUCGAUCUCUGGGCCACAGGAUGCAUUUUUGGCGAGCUUCUCGCACUCCGGCCGAUGUUCAAAGGGGAAGAGGCGAAAAUGGACACCAAGAAGACGGUGCCAUUCCAGAAGAACCAGCUCACCAAAAUCAUUGAGAUCUUGGGCGCACCGACCCCCAAGAACUGGCCAAACCUUGUUUCCUACCCUGAGUACACCACGCUCACGUCCCACACCCAUCUCCAGAACUUCCCAACCAAUUUGAAGGCGUGGUACCAUUCCAUCGGUGGAAAUAACAAGAAGGGCUUGCAGCUCUUGUCACAGCUCUUGGAGUUUGACCCGGCGCAGAGAGUCACCGCCGAUGCCGCCAUGCUCCAUCUGUGGUUUAUGGAGAUACCCAGGGUGUGCGAUAAUGUGUUUGAGGGUAGCAAGUACCGCUAUCCAAACAGGAGGAUUUACAACGAUGAGAACGAUAUCACCGGCCGCGCGAGCACCAAGAGAGGAAACGAUGAUGCGGGCGCUGCUCGCAAGCGACAGAAAUAA